GCACAGCAGCCAGGUACCUCUGCACUUGCACUAGGGACGUCGACCGGCUGAGGAGACGCAGCCGCCGAAAUCAACAGUCCUGCUGCACCGCUCUCACCGCCGCCCUGUCAACAUUUCCUUUCAAAAUCAGGCACCGAGGUGUCUACUACAAGCUCCAGACGUCUGUGACUGCAAUAUGACAUUCAACGCAAGUGUCGAUUCGGAGUUGACGCAACACAUGCUGUUCGGAUGGGUGGACCACCUGUCGUUCGCACUCAUGCUGGGCCUUUCCGCAGCCAUCGGUGUUUAUUUUGGCGUGUUUGGUCGCGCCAAGAACACCGCACAAGUGGACUACCUGCACGGAGGCAAACGCAUGAGGCCAUUUCCAGUCGCAGUGUCACAAGUAUCUAGUCAUACCUCUGGAACCACGCUGAUGGGAGUACCUGCAGAAGUAUACCUAUACGGCAGCGUCUACGGAUGGGUUUGCUUAUCAGUCAUCAUUUUCGCACUCAUCACCAACUGCGUGUUUCUUCCUGUUUUCUUCGAUUUGCAACUCACAUCAACUUAUGAGUAUUUGGAGCGCCGCUUCAGCCGUACCAUUCGCUUAUUUGCAUCUGGAUUCUUCACUCUCAAUCUGGUGCUUCACAUGCCUUUGUACGUGUACAUGCCUGCUAUCGCACUAAGUCAAGUGUCUGGGAUCAGUGUCCACUGGAUCACUCCUGUGGUUUGCACUGUCUGCGUUUUCUACACUAUGCUGGGCGGCCUGAAGGCGGUGGUGUGGACGGACUUCCUGCAGAGCGGAGUCACGCUGGCAGCCUUCAUCGCGGUGCUUAUCCUGGGGGUGGUGAGCGCCGGCGGCUUCGCAGAGGUGUGGCGGGCCGCCGACGAGGGCGGCAGGGUCUCCUUCUUCGUGAUGACCCCAGACCCAUUCGUUCGGAGCUCCUUCUGGGCAGUGGUGAUCGGCGCGACGGGGUCAUUCGUAGGAGGCUGCGCCGUCCACCAGGGCAUGGUGCAGAAGUUCAUGUCGCUGCCGGAUCUGGCGGCUUGUCGAAAGACCCUGGCUGGCUUCACUUUUGGCAUAAUCCUCAUGAAGGUCAUCAGCGUCUUUACUGGGUUUCUGCUCUAUGCCACCUACCGCGACUGUGAUCCUGUUAAAACCCAUGAGGUGUCGCGGCCCGACCAGCUGCUGCCCUUCUACGUUAUGCGGGUGGCCGGCCACGUCCCCGGACUGCCGGGCCUCUUCGUCGCCGGGAUAUUCGGCGCCGCCCUCAGUUCCAUGUCUGGCACCCUCAACGCUCUUUCUGCUACUAUCUACGAGGACUUCCUGCUGCCCCUGAUGCCCAAGAAGAAGACGGAUCUGCUGGUGAACUUAAUAAUGCAGGCAAUCGUGCUAGUUGUGGGCGUCGUCACCGUAGGAAUGGUCUACAUUGUCGAGAGGCUGGGAACAAUUCUGGAGCUGGGCUACAGCGUGGGAGGCGUGACGAACGGCGCGCUGCUCGGGAUAUUCACACUCGGCAUGCUGGUUCCCUCGGCCAACACCAAGGGAGCCAUCGCGGGCAGCCUUUGCGGCAUGACCGCCGUGGCGAUCCUCAUAACCGGCGCACAACACGCCACCGCCACGGGAAAAGUCCGAUACCCGCCGCUGCCGACGUCCGUGGAGGGGUGUCCCGGUAACCUCACAACCAGCGUGCACACGGCCGCAGCAGCCGCCGCGACCGGAGCGUCGGCGGACGACGUGCCGCUGGUGUUCCGGCUGUCGUACAUGUACUACACUGUGGUGGGCGCCCUGAUCGUGGUCACCGUCGGCUGGGUCGUGAGUCGCCUGACGGGCCCUCUAAAGCCCGGCGAGAUCGACCCCAGGCUACUGGCGCCGCAGGUGCGGCCCGCCGACCACAGAAGAGCGAAUCAUGACGACCCCACCGUCUCAGUGGAGCUGAUGCCACGAGGGACACAGCACAAGACCAACACCGACACCAACCCCUAGCUAAUGGGUACCAGGGGAAAAGCGUCUGCCGCAAACACUUCGACAGUGUACUUGGUUGGUGUGCAAGUUCGUAGUGUUUUUCCACAAGCUUAAUAAACACAACAGUAAGAUUUAGUCAUCAAUAGUAUAGUGUUCUCCGGACCCGCCAGGGUAGCCGAGAUCGGCCCCGGUUCGAAUUCGCCUGGCGGAUUAACGACGAGGGCCGAUGUGCCGGCCAGCCUGGAUGAUGUUUUUAGUCGGUUUUCCACAUCCCGCUAGGUGAAUACCGGGCUGGUCCCCAUGUUCCGCCUCAGUUACACGGCUCGCAGACACCUGCACACUUUCGCACUAUUCCAUGGAUUACACUCGACGCAGACAGUUGGGAUACACUAAUUCCGUCCCGGGGGUUACAGCGUGGCAACAGGAAGGGCGUCUGGUCACUCUUUAACCAUUAACAUGCCAAAUCCGAUUAACGAUGGCUGCCCUUGCGUAACUGCGGGACAAAGCUCAUGCAAUAGAUAGUAUUUUGUUCUCCACUAUUUACAGCAGUUUUCCAACGAUGGGGUAAAUUCGCGAUUCCGCUACUGUAGAAAUCACCUGGUUUUGAGACUAAGAACUCGUCGAGCCAUGUUUGGGCGUGCUUUCACACGGAAAGGAAGUCCUUGAAGUUGUCCGACAGAGCGGAAAAGAUGAAAAUCUGAAGGCGCAAGAUCACUGAAUAAGGUGAGUGCGGAAUCGUUUCCCAACCAAGGCCUGUAGGGUGUUUUGUCAGUCCAGCAGAAUGCGGCCGGGCGUUAUCUCGGAGUAGCAUCGUUUCAAUCAGUCUUCCUGGUCGCUGUUGUUAUCUUGCGGCUUCGGAGAAGCAAUGAGUCAGUCGUACACCACACCGUCGUUGCUCUACCAGAUGCAUUGCAUUAUCUUUUGUCGACGCACGCAGGCCUUUGCAUAGAAAGUUGCUGCUUAGUUUGGGAACAACCGUACGUUUGUUAGCACAUGCACACCAUUUUUAGUCACCAGAAAUGAGGAAAGAUAGCUCUUAUCCACGAGCUAAUUGAUGGAUAGGAAGCAGAGAUGCAUGAAUGGCCCGAAGCUGAUGUUUGUGAUUUUGGCUUAAAGCAUGCGUACCGAUCUUCGACCCUUCCUCAUUGCAUGCAAACGUCAUACGAUGAUCGACUGAUCACAGUUCAUUAGUUAUCAGAUAUCGAGUACAUUGACGUGGAUGAUGGUUGGAGUAACGCGUUUAAACGAUCUUUGUCAAAUCCAGAAGGUCUUCCUGGACGUGGAAGUUCACUAAUUUCAAAACUAUCCUCUUUAAAACGAGAAAACCAUCCUCUUUCCAUUCUCUGUCCAAUGGUAUUUUCCCCAUACAUGGCGCAAAUUUUUCUCCGCUCACCCACCUACUGAACUAAAACAGAAUUAUAUGUCGGAAAUGUUCCGAUUACUUCACUUGGCAUUCGGUUUUAUAACGUCCUCCGCUCCGCUCACAGUCUCCAAAUCAGAAAUUGACAAUAUGUAAAAAAAAAAAAUAGCAACAAUGAACUACAAAUAAAAACGAUACUCUAUAAAUAAACCCAUGGCAACAGGAAUACCAUUAUGAAUAACAGAAACGCUACGAACUUACUCACCAACGCAAUAUUUUUGCUUCCGAUUGAAGGAUGACAGUGAUCCACUUUGACCGUUCCUGUGAUUCUCGUACAAAGAGCUCACAAUUCACGGACAUUAUUUUGUACUGAAGAUUGUGAAACAAAUGAAAAGUGAAAUCUGUAAAACUUUUUUCAUAUCUUUUUUCUUUAGAAUACAUUACUUGCCAGAGACGAUUAUUACUUACAUCUUAAGCUUUUAUAUUAAAAGAUGCCGAUUCAGUUUUUAUUUGUUGAUUACUUAGAUUUGUUCUUAAUUCUGAACUUUAGCAUUACUAUAAAUGUGAAAAAUUCUUUUCGUCUUAUCAAAUGUAUUUGAUGGAGCUAUUGUGUUUCCUAUCAAGAGCGUUUAGAGCUUCUGUGUCGGCAAAUUACACUGAGUGCAAUAUCAUCUGAAUUUGGCAAGACAACAGAAUGGUAUCUAAAUCAGAAUCUGAAAACUGACGUAUUGCGACUGAUCUGGGAUCAAAUUUCAUUGAUUUAAAAUAGCAUUGCACAAGCAAGGUCAUCUAUUGUAAUUAAAUAGGAGCAGUGACAUGUAUGUAAGUGAAAAGGCUAACGAGUCCUACUCCAGGAAAUGCUUAAUAAAACAAGGUAUUCUCUGCUUGAAGUUUAGCUAUCAUUUAGCAAGAAUAUUCACCUUAACAGUACGGUUCCUUACACGUUUGAUUUCUAAAACAAUGAUAGGGAAUCAUUCUAUCAGCAAUAGAUUGUGCUAUCGGGGAGAUUGGACACGGUUGAUCUUGUGAGCAUAUUAAAAAUUCAAGGACACACUACAGCGGUGGAGGGAAUUGCUACAAAUUGAAUACAGUUGCCGUCAGACGUGGCAUGUGACCAUUUACUUCGCUCAAUAAUUUCUGUAUACCACAGCCAAGAAGUCCCAACAGCGCUGAAUAGCGAAAGAGCCAAUGCGCCCUUCUCAAACUAAAAUUGAAACGGACAAAAAGUCUAUACCAGCACAACUAAGCUAUGUAACUCUCACGAUAACUGAAUUUAAUUACUGAACGGGUAACUUGCGUAGAGUAACGAAAGCGACUAAGUGGAUUCCCAGCCAAAACUGUUUAUUCUAAGUACACUCGGGAACAGCACGUGUUACUUACAUCAUCAGAUCUUAGUUCAUUGUUACGAACUCUUUUCUAAAUCUCCCCAGACUCUGUUCUGGUUCGUCACACUAUGGUGACGGUGGCCGAUACCCAAUCCGGCCAAAUCAGUCUAAGAUUCAGUGUUCUACAACAAGAGCCAAGAAGCUAUACCGCACCUUCGAUUCCACAUGCUCUCCGAAUUAAGCGCACAUUCAUAUAUCACAGAGAUAGUUCUGAUUAGGUUACAGGUAGAAGGCGACGUUGGAUGCUGAUGAGAUAAAAAAAAAGGCAAAAUCAGUAAAGUUGGUUCUUCACGCAAUCCUCCUCUCAAGCAGUUGGAUGACAAGCAAAUAGCAAAAAGCAAUUUUCUGCAUUGUGUGAACAGUUAAUCAUUACAAAUAAUGCUUUCACGAAUGCUGGCUGAGAGAGAAUCCUUCAGACAUCAUCACUGGAGAAAGUACAUCUCUCAACACCUGUGUUCUCAGAAUUCAUCCUACGUUGUCUACUGCAGGACUCUGACUUCGUCAUAUUUAACUGAUCGUCCAGUUGACUGCAGAACGAAGUCUACACAGCUAGUUUUUGCAGCUCUACCACACCCUACGAUUAAAGACAUUAAAGCUUCCUUACAGACGCAAAUACCACAAAAUCAGUUUCCCGUAUUGGAUAUUAUCAGUGUUGGAGAAGGAUGCUUUCUAUAAGAAAAUAUCACGUAACGGUUCUGAUCAAAAUUAAGACACUGCACAAUUAAUUCUCUGUACUUACGCCUGUUAAAUGUGAACAAAUAACAUUUGAAGAAACACGUUUAAAAAUAAUUACAUACAUCACUUAUUUCGUACUGUUUCCUAACCUUAUCCUCGAACUCCCAUGCGUCGUUAAACUAUUACGUUCCAGUAAAUACGGCCGAUCCAUUUGCCAAGAAUGACUCUAUAAAGCAAUAGAAAGCAAAAAUAUAGACUACCUAAUAAAUAAUAUGCGAUCUCCACAAUGAGUUAUCUUCUUUUCAAUAGAUUAACGUGUCUGAUAGUUACUAUAGCACGAUAAAGUUGAUUAUUCCAAGUUCUGCACGAAAAAAAACGAAGUACGCCCGAUACAAUCGACUGGUCAGAGAGUGUCGCCAAAUGUGUUCUUGGUUUGACGUCCUAAAACUGAAGAAGAGUGCGAUAAAAGUAGACAUGUUGUGGUAGAAAGGAUCGAAACCGAUCCAAAAGAUGAGCAGUGAGCUACUAUCUAAGCUCUGAGAACAAGUGACGCUAUUUUACAUCAAUGCUAAUGAAUUGGAAACGACGCAACGGACGGAAUUUCUUCUUAAGUUAUUUGUCAGCACAACCGCCUCAACACCCUUAUAAGCUUUUCAGAUUUUUUCUGACCACCCUGUUUAUGCAAAACAAAUGAUCCAAGUCCUUUAUCCUAUACCCUAAAAAGAUGUAAAAAAAGCUGAAAAGUAACAAUGGGGCAAUCGUUUGGAGAAACAUAAAUGUGCAUUGUUUUCCAAUGAAAAACCUGUACCAGUAUAAGAUAUUAGUUUACUUAUUUAUCUUUUGACAACUUUUGAAUAUAUUCCAUGCAUAUAAAGUUGUAGUUUCAAGGGAAAGAUAAAAUGCCGGUGGGUCGUACUGCUAACACUAAUUUAAACGAGUCUUAAAACAGUCUUACAGCUAUAAACAAGAAAUUGUAGUGAAUUACACAUAGAACGAAAAUACUACAGCACCAGACAAUGUUUGUUAAAAUUCAUCAGCAGAAUCAUAGAAUCCAUCCUUAUAAGGUCCGAUAAAUAGAUGUAAGGCACAUUUUUUAAAUGAUUUUGUUAACUCCUGAGUGCUAAAAUCCUGUUGUAAAAGCAACGAAAAUUUUGGUGAAACAAUAAAACCGAAUAUAUUGUAAUAUA